AUGGUGAUCCUUCCAGCUUGUCCCGGUCUUAAGGUUGAGGUUGCCGUUGCCGGACAAGCGCUGAAAGAGCACGACGACAAUUACGAGACCAACGCAAAGCCGAAGACGGUUACGAAAUACGUUGAGGCGGUAUCCGGUGCUAACUUCGAAAUUGCCAUAUCCUUUGAGAAGCCGUUUCCGGACAAACAUGCCGUCAGGGCAAUCGUCUACGUCGAUGGUGAAGAUGUGGCUAGACCUAUUAUUCGCGAAAGCGCAUUGCUCAAAAGGACCCGUAAGAUUCAGGGCGCAACUCUCCGGGUUGAGGGAAAAAGAGUCCUACGCAAGUUCCGGUUCUCCAAGCUGAACGUGGACCAGUCCGACAAUGAUUCCAUGGUGGAGAAGGGAAGCCUUUCAGUUGGCCAAAUAACCGUUGCCUUGAAUUACAUCAACAACGUGAGAAAGUCGAAGAAGAAAUCAGAUCACCGAAUCCUGCUCGACUCAAGAAUCGAUGCCUUACCAGCAAAGGAUGUUGGCGCAAGUGCACUUUCGCAUUACGCGAGUCUCGAAGAGCCCAAGCCUGUCGGCGGCAGCUUCUUCAAAUUUGACACGGUCGAGAAAGAGCCAUUUGCCACCUUCAACUUCAUUUACCGCUCCCUUGCGGGAUUGAAAAGCCUCUGCAUUGUCCCACGCACCCCAAGUCCCACUCCGCCCCUCCUUCCAACCCCACUGCCGAAUGCAAACCCAAUUCCAAUCACAAGGGUUGCAACUGCACCAAGCAGCCGCUGGACAGCGCUUACUCCGAAUGCCAUGCACGCCCUUCUCAACCACUACACUGGUCGGAAGAGCAAUUGGGCAGGAUUAGGUCGACAAGCGUUGGAGGCUCUUCUAGACCAUUAUAGCGAGCAAGACGCAAAGACGCGUAAUAGCGACAUGGACGUGAAGCGCGAGCGUGUGGACGAUUUCGAGAUCAAGGAUGAGGAAGGCGAGUUGACCGUGGUGGAAGAGCGGAACGCGAAACGGCGGCGUCUUCCCGCGAAGAAGAACACGGUGAUCGAACUUGAUUAAACGGGCGAUCGGAGCGCAGAGGCGCUGACUCCAUUGGAAGGAGAGCGUCUAUCCGCCAUUCGAUGCCGCCAUGGAUCCAAACUCGCCUUGCGCGGCGUUGUAAUUGGGGCGCACCAUGGGACGCAUGGCAGCUCCGGGCAGAU